AUGGGGGAAGCGUGCUUAAACCUUAUGGGGUUGCUUGGUACAGUCUCUAUUUUGGAACAUUUGGAUGGAGCGCAACAAGAGGAUUUUUUUUAUGAGGAUGAGGGAGUGGGUGUUGUUCUUGAGCUGGGCCAAAAUGAAUGCAUUAUACUUAAAAAGUUAGCCGCCUCUUCUUCGCACAGCAACUGUCUGCAACUGAAGAUUCGCAGCAGCUGCAAGCGCAACGACGGUAUCGCGAGUCGCGACCGUAUCGAUGGAGCAUAUCAUAUCGCUGCUGCUGUGAUGUGA